AUGGAAUCCUCGCCUGCCAUGUGGCAGAGAAACAACAGGCCCGUCUGCCGUAUGUGGCAGAUGGGUCGCUGCCCUCUGACCAGCAUUCAGUGCGAUUUCCGCCACGCCGAUCCUCAGGGGUCGAAUGCUCUGCCUGUGCUGGCUGAGGGCUUUGUUCCUCAGCCCCGCUCCUCUGACCUGAGCUGGGACUUUGGCUCCCAUGCUGUGCACAGGGACAGACGACCCCUGCAGGAGAUUGUGCUCCCUGCUUCUUCGACAUCGGUCCGCGAGAUAGGCCAGGAGUCUGACCAGGGCACUUGGGGAAGUCCGAGAAGUAGUCCACAGCGUUGGGCCGCCGCCAACCCUGCUGGCGACAGGGAGGCCGGUACAUCUGGUAAAUCGACUUUCUUGAUAUCUGUUGAGCCGAUAUGGGGAGCCUGCGUGUCGACUUCGAACAGGUCGCAACACGCCCCUGGGUCUUGGCUCCCAAGUCGACGCAUUCAAUGCCUCGACGGCUGA